AAAGGAUCCAAACGUCAAUAAUGCCAGUGUUAUGUCAAUUUUUCCAUGAUUUUCGUGAAAAAUAACAGUGAAGAAGUGAAAUUAAUUAGUUUUUGCAAUUUUUUUAUAAAUUUCGAGUUUUUCGCCUUCUUUGUUUAUAGUUUAUUGUAAAUAGCGUGUAAAUUAUUGUUAUGUUAUAAAAAGACUGAAUAUUUAACUCUCAAUCUGACUAAGCGCAGGAAGACUAUGUCUCAUAAAAACUCGAUCAACUCUAUGAGCAAUCCACUGAAAUCAGCUAUCGAUCUGGAUCAUGUAUGGGGCGACUUGAAUAAUGGUAUCAAGCAGGUUUACAAUCGGGAAAAUAUGUCUAAAAAGAGGUAUAUUGAACUGUACACCCAUGUUUACAACUAUUGCACUUCGGUACAUCAGCAGCAAAACAAUGGAAGAGGCGCUUCAAAUUCAACUACCAAAACCAAAAAAAAUCCAGUUGGAGGUGGCGGUGGUGGUGCUCAACUUGUCGGCAUGGAACUUUACAAGAGGCUUAAGGAAUUCUUAAAAGGCUACUUAAUUAAACUAUUGGAUGACGGUAUCCAUAGAAUGGACGAAGACGUCCUUAAAUUCUACACAGUCCAAUGGGAAGAUUAUCAGUUUUGUAGCAAGGUGCUCGAUGGUGUAUGUGCUUAUCUCAAUCGUCACUGGGUGAAAAGAGAAUGCGAAGAAGGCCGUAAAUACGUCUACGAAAUCUAUCAGUUGGCCUUGGUGACUUGGCGCGAUCAUUUAUUCAAGCAACUUAACAAAGCAGUCACUAAUGCCGUCUUGAAACUGAUAGAAAAAGAACGUAAUGGGGAAACCAUUAAUACUCGAUUAGUAUCAGGUGUUAUAAAUUGUUAUGUCGAAUUGGGUCUGAAUGAGGAGGAACCGGGAGCGAAAGGGCCGAAUUUAAAUGUUUACAGAGAAAGCUUUGAAAAUGUUUUCAUUGAGGAUACUGAGCGGUUUUAUACUAGGGAGAGUAGCGCUUUUCUUAUUGAGAAUCCUGUGACGGAGUAUAUGAAAAGGGCUGAACAACGUCUAACAGAGGAACAGCGAAGAGUGCAAGUGUAUUUACAUGAAACUACCAGCGCACGUCUGGCGGAUUGUUGCGAACGCGUUCUCAUCCAGAAACACCUCGAACUCCUGCAUUCGGAGUUCAAGCAACUUUUGGAUGGGGACAAGAAUGAAGAUUUGGGCAGGAUGUAUAGUUUGGUGGCUAGGAUUUCUGAUGGCUUAGGUGAGCUACGUGGACUUCUGGAACAACAUAUCGCCGCUCAGGGACUAGCUGCAAUAGAAAAAUGUGGAGAAACAGCUCACAAUGACCCAAAAAUUUACGUAAACACCAUUUUAGAAGUGCACAAAAAGUACAAUGCCCUGGUGCUGGUCGCCUUUGGUAAUGACAGUGGAUUCGUGGCAGCUCUUGACAAGGCCUGCGGAAGGUUUAUCAACACAAACGCCGUAACGAAAUCGGCCAACUCUUCUAGUAGGUCACCCGAACUCCUUGCCAAAUACUGCGACGUCUUGUUGAAAAAAAGUAAUAAAAAUACUGAAGAGGCCGAAUUGGAAGACACUCUUAAUCAAGUGAUGGUUGUAUUUAAAUAUAUAGAAGACAAAGAUGUUUUCCAAAAAUUCUACAGCAAGAUGUUGGCCAAAAGGCUGGUACAACAUAUGUCAGCUAGUGACGAUGCUGAAGCCUCAAUGAUCUCAAAAUUGAAGCAAGCUUGUGGCUUUGAGUAUACUUCAAAAUUACAGCGCAUGUUCCAGGACAUUGGUGUCUCGAAGGAUCUUAAUGAACAGUUUAGAAAUCACAUGAUUAAUUCAAAUGAAUCUUUAGGUAUUGAUUUUAGUAUUCAAGUAUUAUCUUCUGGUUCCUGGCCGUUCCAGCAGUCGUUCACAUUUGGAUUACCUUCAGAGCUGGAACGCAGUGUGAGUAGGUUUACAAAUUUCUACUCGAGUCAGCAUUCUGGUAGGAAAUUAAAUUGGCUGUAUAACAUGUCAAAAGGAGAACUUAAUACAAAUUGCUUUAAAAAUAGGUAUACACUUCAAGCUAGUACUUUUCAAAUGGCUGUGCUUCUGCAAUUCAAUGUAGCUGAUUCGUGGACUUUAGGCCAAUUAGAAGAAAAUACGCAAAUUAAACAAGACUUUCUUGUUCAAGUUAUCCAAAUACUACUGAAAGCAAAACUACUGACUUGUGAAGACGAAGAGAACGAUAUCACGCCACUCUCAAUGGUAUCACUAAAUUUAGGAUUUAAAAAUAAGAAACUUCGUGUGAACAUAAACAUACCAAUGAAAACUGAACUCAAAAUGGAACAAGAAACCACUCAUAAGCAUAUAGAAGAAGAUCGUAAACUCUUAAUUCAAGCCGCAAUUGUUAGGAUUAUGAAAACUAGAAAGGUUCACCAACACCAGCAGCUAGUGGCAGAAGUACUGAAUCAAUUAUCGUCAAGAUUUAAACCAAGGGUGCAAAUUAUAAAGAAAUGUAUAGACAUUCUCAUCGAAAAGGAGUACCUAGAGCGGACGGAAGGUCAAAAAGACGAAUAUAAAUACCUGGCAUGAUGAGGCUGAAUAAAAUCAUCCUUGCGACCUGCGCCUUAUACUAAUUUAUUAUCUUUUUGACUCUCAAUAAUAACGGUUGUCGUUUUGUUAUUCUUUCCUUAUUUAAUUAUGUACUUUGUUUAUUGAAAAGCUUGUAGUAAACCGAAAAAAAAAAAAAUGUGCAAUUUGUUACAAAAAUCGUGCACUUGAUUAUCUGUUUUUCUACAAAUUUUCAAUUAUUGAAACUUCAAAAAAAACGUAAAUUCCAAAGUUCGCGAAAAAAAAAGGGGUUUUGUGGUUUUGUGCAAAGGACAGUGAUAUGAUGAAUGUAUAAUUAUUGUAAAUAUUUAGGAUCGUAUUUGAAUUUGAAAUAUAAAAAAUGCUAUUUAAUAAAAUCGAUUAAAUUUAGGUUUUGUUUGUUUGUAAUUAGAUUUUUAGAAAUUACUUUUUCGUUUUAUUUUUCGAUUUGGACCUGGUCACGAUUAUUUAUUAUUAAAAUAAAAUAAUGAAAACAA